UCCAGUGCAUCGCUCGCGGCGCGGGAAGGAUGCUGGUCGGCAGGGGCGCGCGCGCGGGGCCCGGGAUGCUGCGGGGCUGGACCGCGCUCUGCUUGCUGAGUUUGCUGCCCUCCGGGUUUGCGGAGCAGGGUAAUUUGACGACUGGCACCAUGGAGUCAACCACCCAGGAAACAGUUUCAACUGUUUCUAUAACUGUAUCCACCGAGAGCACCAUAGAGCCAAGUACCCUGGGAAAUGCCACCCCCCACCACCCUGUCUCUCAGGACAGCAAUGAGACCACAACAGCCACAUCAGGAACACCAGUGUUUUGGCCUGUUUCAGAGAACCCUGUCAACUUCACAUCUACCUCUGCCACUCCUCCGGCCCACGCGAACACAAACUCUUCUGUCAAGUCACACAUCUCUGUGACCUUCCCCAUGACUACCACCCCCGCCAGCAUGUCCACUUCAGAGAUGACCCUGAAGCCCAGUUUUCCACCUGUAAAUGUUUCGGAUCACUCACCCAGUAGCACCAGCCCUGUGAUGACGUCUCCCUCUGAGCUCCACACACCAUCUUUUCCUACUCCUGCCUCUGUCAAGGGAGAAAUCAAAUGCUCUGGCAUCCGUGAAGUGAGGUUGACACAGGGAAUCUGCUUGGAGCUAAAUGAGACCUCCAGCUGUGAGGAGUUUAAGAAGGACAAAGGCAAGGACCUCAUCCAGAUACUGUGUGGGAAGGAAGAGGCUGGGGCUGGGGCUGGCGUGUGUUCCUUGCUCCUUGCCCAGUCUGAGGUUAAACCUCACUGCCUCCUGCUGGUCUUGGCCAACAGGACAGAACUUUCUGGCAAGCUCCAGCUUAUGGAAAAGAACAAGUCUAACUUGAAAAAGCUGGGGAUCCAAGAAUUCAUGGAGCAAGACAUUGGGAGCCACCAGAGCUAUUCCCGAAAGACCCUGAUCGCGCUGGUCACCUCAGGAAUCCUGCUGGCUGUUUUGGGUGCCAUCGGCUAUUUCUUGAUGAAUCGUCGCAGUUGGAGCCCUGCAGGAGAGAGGCUGGGCGAAGACCCUUAUUACACGGAGAACGGUGGAGGCCAGGGCUAUAGCUCAGGACCUGGCACCUCCCCGGAGGCUCAGGGAAAGGCCAGUGUGAACCGAGGGGCUCAGGAGAACGGCACCGGCCAGGCCACCUCCAGAAACGGCCAUUCAUCAAGACAGCAUGUGGUGGCUGAUACGGAGCUGUGACGUGGCUGGGUGUGUGUGUGUGACAUGUGGUCUCUCCUGGCCUCUGAUUCUAUGCUGCCUCUCUGCUGAAGGUGACAUUCCCUUAUGCCCUAACCUUUCCCUCCGAGACUCUUCCUGUUCCUCCGCUUUCUUGGGGGGAGGAAGGUAGAUUCCUGCCCUUUAUAUAUUCAGCUUCCUGAAUGCAGACUCUGGUUUUCUUGGGGGCAGAAGUUGAGGGGGGGAGGGACAUGGUGAAGAAAAGCCAAGGGAAGUGGUGGAUGGCCUUGUAGUAUUUGCACCCAAGACCCCCUUCCUUCUGCCCCACUACAGGAUGACUAGGGGAAAGGGUGGGCUUUUUAAAAACUAUACUUUCUUCUAAGGAGGCUUUGGUUUUUUACUAUUUCUUCUUGAUACUUUCUUUCUGUAACUUGAGGGAAACCAAACAACUCCAUGGGUGAAACCCCCCUUUAAUAAUAUAGCCAGAAAAACGUGUUGUCUUAAACCACAGCUUUUAUCUUUUCUACAAGACACUGUGGAUUUUGUCCCCAGUCCCCCACCCCAUCCCCACUUCUGCCUGGUUCUCCAGUUCUGCCAAGUUCCCUGUGCCCCCCCAUGUGUGUACCAAGGCCAGCACAGGUGUCUGGGUAGAACUGAUUUGAGCUCUACAUUUUAGAAACAGUGCCAGUCUCUUGGGGGCCACACAGCGGUCUCCCCUCUGGUCUGCGUGAAUGGGACCACAGGACCAGAUGUGUUUAUGCUGCGCCUCUUCAAUUGUGCCCUUCUGAGCAGGCAAUCUCCAUGGCUUCCUCCUGCUGCCCCCUGACUCCUGGGUUGAGCUAUAGCCUCAGUCCCCCAGCAAGCUCCUUGUUUCUGCUUGCCCAUUCCAAACCCCUUUACCUGCUCUGUGGUCAGAGCCCCAGGCCAUUUCCCAAAGACCACAAACUUGUUUGUGGAAGUUUGUGGUCCUUCUCUCUCUCUCUCUCUCUCUCUCUCCCCGGUGGGAUAACCAAUGACGGUUGGAAAUAGAACUUUCCAGAAAUGAGAGGAUUGGGUGGAUUUUUCUUGUUGUUGUUGUUCAGAAUUUAAAAACAGAAAAAAGGGAUGUCUCUGAGUACUGUAAUUAAAGUGAUACUGAAACAUC